AUGGCUAUCCUGACCCUCGAGCCUCUUGACCCGCUGAGUCUUGUAAUUGCGCCGCCUAAGAAUGAAUCUCCCGCCGAUCGUUGGGCGCGAGAGCAGAGAGAGGCACAGGCACGCCUAAUCAGCGAACAGAUCGACGCCCAGAUUAAGGCAGAAAAGCAAGCCUCAAGAAAAAGACUCAAACCGGUCAAGAUCCUGUUACUUGGCCAGAGUGAGAGUGGCAAGUCCACCACUGUUAAAAAUUUCCAGCUUGCCUAUGCAUACUCUUCAUUUCUGGAAGAGCGUUCUGCAUGGAAAGCCGUGAUACACCUUAACCUGAUCCGUUCUGUCAAUGCUAUCCUAGAUGUUCUCUCGAAGGAGAUGCCUCGCACUACCUCGCAACCACAAUCACCGCUCAAUACCCCUCGGAAUCGCUCUCUCUCUCGACCAUCGACAGUCCGCGUCAGAUCCAGCCUGUCAAUCACACAACCUUCCAGCACUCCCCCAUCUGCUAUCCACGUCCGGCCGAGCACAAGUGCCGGAAGCCGAACUAGCCAGCCCUCAGAGGCAACGCUCGUAGAGCCUAACAAUGAUCCUGAUGCAGAUGACGACCCAGAAGACGAUGACGAUGACGAAAUAGACUCGAGCGCACCUCCGCUCACCGACCGGCAUCGCAUGCUCCAGCUGCGUCUCGCGCCCCUGCGGCAGAUACAACGUGAUCUUGAGCGCAGCCUCGGUGCAGCAAGCACGGAGGCUCCCGAGUUCGCAGGCGAAGCGGCACCUUGGACUCGCCUGGACGAUGUUUUAGGCACGCGGGGUACAAGGGAGUUCUCCAUCACGAGCCGGAGCGGGUGGAAGAAAGCGCUGAAGCGGGUCAAGGCGGGGUACAGCUCGGGGCGCAGGACGUCGCUGGGCUCCCGGGAUGAGGCCCGUGUGGGAACUGGAUCAGCAGAGGAUGCUGCUCUUAGAAAACAGCCUCUCGAUAAACGGAGAAGCCGACCGCAGUCGCCGUUUGUGUUCGAUGUCAGUAUGGAUGACGAGUAUGAUGAUGAGGGGGAAUGCGAGCCACAGGCGCAGAGCGCAGCCGAGGUCAUAGCCUCGUGUGCAGAGGACGUGGCGGCGCUGUGGUCAGAUGCAGGAGUACAGGCGGUGCUGUCCCGCCGUAAGGCCAAAGCGCGGCUUGAGGAGGGACCAGGCUUUUUCCUGAACGACGUCGCCCGAAUCGCAGCACGAGGCUAUGAGCCGUCAGACGAGGACGUUGUGCGUGCGCGCCUGCGCACGAUGGGCGUGCAAGAGUACCGGUUUAGAUUCGAACGGGGACCAGACGCCGGGCGGGACUGGCUAUUGUAUGAUGUCGGCGGCGCUCGAUCCCUCCGACACGCCUGGCUACCGUACUUCGACGACAUCAACGCGCUGAUCUUCCUCGCGCCCAUCAGCUGCUUUGACGAGCGGCUUGCGGAGGAUCGCCGCGUGAACCGUUUGCAGGAUAGCAUUCUCCUUUGGAAGGCUGUAUGUGGCUCGAAGCUACUGCAGAACGUGCAGCUCAUCCUUUUCCUGAACAAAUGCGACCUUUUGCACAAGAAACUCUCGCGCGGUGUUCACGUGGCGAAAUUUGUCCCAAGCUACGGAGAUAAGCCGAACGACGUCCGCGAAGUGGCAAAGUAUUUCCGUCACCAAUUCAAGGACAUUUUCACCAGAUAUUCUCCCGAGAAACGGCCGUUCUAUGCCUAUAUGACAUCUGUCACUGAUACAAAAGCUACAGCCGUUACCGUCGCCACAGUGCGGGACGGUAUACAUCGCAACAGCAUGAAGGGCGCAGACAUGCUUUAA